AUGGGAGUAUGCUAUCGUACGUUUGCCGCAUACCAUCCUCAAACCAACAGGUUGGUGGAAAGGUUUAACAGAACCUUAUGCAAUGUACUGGCUAAGUGCAUAAGCCAAUAUCCUGUGUACGAACAUGAUGCUGUUUUGCUCGUAGAAACAGUAAUCUCUACGUAUCCAGUUGAACCAACCACCAAAAGCGAAUUACAUGACUACCUCUGCUAG